AUGGCGAGCACGAAAUGGGAGCGCAAGGCGGUGGCAGAGGACAUGCAGGACAGGGGCAUCCCAGUGGUGAGGGCGCGCCCAUACCCUGGCGUCGACAUCGCAGCGCACGGCGCGGCGGCGAAGACCAAGAGCGGCAAACGCUACAGCAUCAUGAAGGCUAGGAGCAGGCGGCUGCUCAACAUUAGAGGAGGUGGACGCAAGAUGGCGCGGGGCGUCGGUUUGGCAUUCAAGCGCGGGCUGAAGAGGUCGGCGCUGCACGGCUGCAAGUGCUUGGGAAUGCCAGAUCACCAGAGGAGACAACUGAGGCGAGAAGCAGGGCGACUAUUGCCAGGAUGCCGAGGAGCCAGGAGUUUGACGUUGCAGUUGGCGGUGGCUCAGGAGGAGCCCACUUACGAGGUCACGGAGGCGCCGAUUGUCAGGUGGGCGCGAGCUGUGUGGCAGACAGCACAAGCGCAGAAGGCUGCAGGCGACGACGGGGACAGCAUUGCGCACAUGUUGCAGCAGGCGCGGCGGCGGCAGCAACAGGAGGUCGGUAUGAAGUCGGCUUGGGCGCGAGUACGAGGGCCAGCAGGAGCGGUCAUCUUGUCCAUGAGGAGGGCGAGUUGGACCUGGCCAGCAUGGCACAAGUUCGUCACCAAGGAGGGUUACGAGCUGAACAUGAUAGAGGCUUGCCCCAUGGAUGUAGCAGCUAUGUUGCGCAAGGACGCGCAGAGUAAACUGUUGGAGGACUGGGCCAAGGCCGAGGAGUACCAGAGCUUGAGCCCAGCGCCCUUGUUGGCGCCAGCGGUCGCCCAGUUGCGCGCUAGGGAGUGCCCAAAGCACGCCAAGAACGCGGCGAAGAAGGUGUUUCUGGGCGGGGCUUGGACGAUGGCGAGGCUAAGCCAGUGCAACAUCGCAGUAGAGACGGAGCACCACAGGCGCUACAAGUGCGAGGCGCUCAGGGAGCAGCGGCUGCAGGCGCGGGCGGAUUGGCAGACCGUGGCGGCGCAGCAGGGCACGAGUAUGUUGUGGACGCGUGGGCUGGUCCGCACGCCAGAAGCGGACUGGACCUUCGUGGGCAUCGGAGAGGACCAGUUUUACGGCCAGGUGGUACAGGGCGAUGAGGACUACUUCACGGGUGAGAUCGCGUGCGACGGAUCAAAGUUGGGCUACAGCGAGCGGGCUCGAAUUGGAUGGGCAGCUAUGUCACUCACGGACGAGGGCAGCGCGAAGAUGCAGCUGUAG